AGGAGGUGAACAUGACGUCAUCAGUGGUGGGGCCUCAGAACAUGACGAUGACCACAACGGCGGAGUCUAUCAGCGCCCUCUCCACCCCCAGUCCCUCCACCACCGCCGCCUCCCUCACCACCACACACGUCGCCUUCUUCACCACCUUCCUCAGCACCCUCACCCCUACCAUCACCACAGACGCCCUGACACCAGAGUCUAACCUCACCAACAUUACUGGAGGUGGUGACGACGGGGGCCACCUGAAGCCCCACAGCAUGACGAUGAUAGUGGUGAUGACGGUGAUCUACAUCCUCAUCACCAUCACGGGGGUAGUGGGUAACGUGGCCACCUGUGUCGUCAUCGUCAGGAACCGCAUCAUGCACACGGCCACCAACUACUACCUCUUCAGUAUGGCCAUCAGCGACCUCCUCCUGCUGUCCUUCGGUAUGCCGGACGAUAUCUACCUGCUGUGGUGGGGCCAACCGUACAUAUUCGGGGAGGAGUUCUGCUUCAUCAGAGGCUUCACGGCCGAGAUCUCCACCAACGCGACCAUCCUGACCAUCGCGGCGUUCACUGUGGAGCGCUACAUUGGUAUCUGUCACCCACUACGCUCCCACACCAUGUCACAACUCGGUCGGGUCAUCCGCUUCAUCGCCGUCAUCUGGGUGGUGGCCACAGCCUGCGCCGUUCCCAUCGCUAUCCAGUACGGCAUCGUGUACGAGGAGACGCCAGACGGCAAACAGGACCCCAGCACCGCCUCCUGCCUCAUGAAGAAACGGAUUGCCCUCGUCUUCGAAAUAUCAUCGGUGUUGUUCUUCGUGGCGCCCAUGUUGUUGAUCAUGGUGCUGUACGUGUGUAUCGCCGUGCAGCUCAAGAAGUCGACCCGUAUGGCCCGCUCUGUGCCCUCCAUCGGCUCCCACAACUACUCCUCCACCAACGACGGCUCCAGGAACAAGGCGGUGAUCAAGAUGCUAGUGGCGGUGGUGAUCGCGUUCUUCGUGUGUUUUGCUCCACACCAGGCCCAGCGUCUGGUGGCGGUACACGGCGACCCUUCCAAUCCCUUCACCCAGAAGCUGUUUAACGUUCUGCACAACAUCUCUGGCAUCUCCUACUACAUCUCAACUUGUGUCAACCCAAUACUCUACCACAUCAUGAGUAACCGCUUCAGACAGGCUCUUAAGGUGACUCUGGAGAGCUGUUUUGGCGGGAGCCCUGGCGCUGGCGGAGGUUUCCAAGAUUCUGACGCCACUCUGGACAACUUCAAGAACGGCCUUAGUAGCCACCACUUCCCUCUACCUGGCGGGAGACACCAAAGAUCCCUCUCCAUGCAACACCACCGGGGUCCCUUCCGUAAUAGCACCAGUACCACUACUACCAGCACUGGCAGUUUCCACCACCAUAAUAACCAGCGUCUUUACCAUAGCCAGUAUCAACGCCAGAGGCCUCUCUUGCACCAUCACCAGUCGACUAAGGCCACCGGAUCAUCCAGAACAGAUGAGGCUCUGAAGACGAACGGUACCAGUCACACUUGGGUCUAACUGAGAUGGACUUACCAGAUUUGCUACUAGCCGUGAGUCCAAGGACCUCCCUGAUCUCUCCGUCACUAAGGUCACCUCAGAUAAGGACUCUUGGCCAGUCUCCUGCAAUUUCCUACACACCUCAAGACACCUCCUGGGAUUCCUAGCAUCCCUUCGCUCCUUCCUACACACUCCAAGACACCUUCCGGGUUUUCAAGGCACAAAGGAUACGACUUAAGUCCCCCUGUAGGACCCCAAGGACUCAUUUGUGUACUCGAGGACUGCUUUGGGACUUCUAGUACUCAUUCAUCAACGAGUUUUUCUUUAGUCUUCCCAGCACCCAGAUACUUGGACUCUGAGGAUGACCAAUCAGCUGGUGAAGUGUGAACCAAGCAGGACUGAUAGUGUAGGAGUGUGUAGGAGUGUUGUGUAUAGUGUAGGAGUGUGUAGGAGUGUUUUGUAUAGUGUAGGAGUGUGUAGGAGUGAUGUGUAGUGCUGGAGACACUAUAAAUUGUUUCUCAUUUAUAUUGGAAUUGAAAUAUCGGAAGUAUUUGCAUUCUUACGCACUGUUUCACUAGAGAAAACGCUUAGUUCCAAUUUUUGGAGGAGUAACUUAAAAAUAAUGAGAAAGACAACGUGAAUCACAAAGCAACUCCAGUAAUAAUUAAACCAACGCCACAUUAAGUCUUAAAAUCUGUCUCCUAAGUGUAAACAAUAAUAUAUAAGACUUACUUAUAGACUUAAAUAGCGAAAGGACAUAAAUACACUAAAACCACAACAAUGUGAGUGGUACCUGAGCUCACGAAACUCACAUAGCUGUUCUUGAGUGUGUGAAUCAACAUAUAGACCCACUAUAGCUUCACAUACUACAUCAAGUUACUGUCUCCGGCUACACCACCAAGAAUACCCUGAUUAUUCUGGGUAUGAAAAGUGUUUAACAACGAUUUGGUAGUUCAUAGUGAGGUAGCCAUGUGUUCUAUAUAAUGAAAAUCCAAGACGAAUGACGUCAGUCUUGGAGGGUUUAUUAUCUGCCUAAUGGAGCUUAAGAUAUUUAAAAAUAGAGCAGAUUAAAUACAGUACAUAACCUCUAAACCUUCAUUUUACAAGGCAGACUAACCUGAGUAACAUAUCCAUGGAGUUUGUGAGCCAUAAAUAUUAUAGUUAUGCACACAUUUUAGUAACAAAAAACGAACGUAAUAAGAAAAAACUAACAUAAAAUUGUAAGGGAAACUUAAAUAUUUAUCAGAUAGCCUAGAUGUACCAGAAACGCCCCGCCCCAUGACCCCUGUAUGUGAUGGCUCUCUCAUAGCUCUCAUGAAGCAUUUAAUUUUAGUUUCAAAACUCAUAAACCUGUGAAAUCAGGUGAAGGAGAAUGAGAGAGAGGGAGAGAGAGAGAACGAGAACGACUAUUCUAUUAAAAUCUAGUAGGAAAAACAAUAUAUCUUGGGGUCUAGUUAAUGUUUCUGUUCUCGUUAUAUAUUCAGAUGUAAACAAACAUUCUAUUGAGGUUUAUAUAAGCGUGGAAUCAUAAAAAAGUUUACAAUAAGUACUUAGGAAAAAUGAAUAAAAUCAAAAUGGGAAAAUUUCCCCAAAACUUAACAGAAUCCUAGAUAUUUUAUUAAUGUGUAAUAAUCAUCAUUUAAACAAGUAUGGUGAUUAUCAUCUAUGUAUGAAGCUUGAGUGUAUUCUUAAGUGUAUUCUUGAGUGUAUUCUUGAGUGUAUUUCACGCACACUUUACACACGCCAUAUGUGUAAUCAUAACCGUGUAUCACCAUAUUAUCCACAUUGUAUUAUUAAUUAAAUGUUACACGUCUCUUACCUUCCCACCUUACCUGUGUCAAGUUCACCAUUACCAGACGUGAAUUAUGUAUCAUGUCAAAAGUACAUCAACAUGUUAAUAUAGUCCGACUUUUAGCUUAACUUAACAAAAAACUGACAAAAUGUGUAUCAAAUUCCCAGUUAAGAUAUAUACACAACCCAGUAUUUCAAUGUUUACUAUGGAAUUUUGUAUAGUAAUCGGUUUCCUUGUACAUAAUCCAGAUUUUCGUUAAGUACUACGUUUAUCCCACACUGUAUGUUACAUCUCCACACGCUGUAGACAUUUUCAGCUCCCCCCCCCACUCUUGUGUAUCUAUACCUUGUGACUGCUAUGUCCACAGAUGAGGUUUAUACAACACCUGGAUCUCAUUAAGGUCAAUACCCACUCACGUUCAUGUAAUGCUUUAACUGUCAUCCAGAUCCCAUGUUCGUAAAAUGAUAAAUAGGGGAAUUACUUAGCCUAGAUAUUGUCAUUUUGUAUAAUACUGUAUUGUCUUGUAUGUCUUGAUGCAUUAAAAACAAACAAUUAAGCAUCAACCAAAAAGGGGAAUAUAUAUAUAUAUAUACACUUUAUACUACUGCUAAGAUAACUACACAAAGUAAAUCACCAUAGUUGACCAUUCACAAACUCGUAAGGUAACCAGAAGGAAUUCAACGUAUCUGUGACUCCUUAUAGCUUAGAUAAACUGAAGUCAAUUUUUGUCUUUAUUAGUUUAAUGCUCAAGUGUCGUUCAGUAAAUAUAUAAGAUACACAAACGUGAUUUAAUAUUAACAAUAAAGUCUUGUUUAGUGGGAUUAGGAGAUGAUAGAUUGACGGUAGACAGAGUGUUAUAGAUGUGAUACGAUUGACGGUAGACAGAGUGUUAUAGAUGUGAUACGAUUGACGGUAAUAUUGAUUUGAGACAGUUGAUAAAGUUAGAGUAUGUUAGAGUUGAAGGGGUGUAGAGGAUAGUGUUUAGACAGGAAGUUGAUAACAUUACAUAUAGAUAGACAAUGUAAGUCGAGGUGACAGUGAAGAGGAGACAGAGUUGAUAGUGAUAGUUGACAGUGAGGAAGUGAUAGGGUUGAUAGUAUGACAGUGGUGACGGUAAAUAUCCUUAUAAUAAUUAGACUAAGAAUGUCAUAUGACAGAACCAAGUGACACGGCCUCUCUACCUAAAUAUAAAACACACACACACACAUAGACACACACACACACACACACGAUAAAUGUAGUGUUACGCAGCUUAUGUUUAUACUCUGAUGAAUAAGGCGCUAAAAUAUUUCAUAACACUUCAGUAAUCGACAAGAACUAACUAAGCUUAUAUUAUAGUGGUUUAAGAAUAACAUAAACAAUAAUAUUUUUAGACCUGUAAUCCUUAUUUAAACCAGAUAUCAAUAAUAAUAAUGUUUUAGACUCGUAAUCCAUUUUUGUUUACAUAAUUCAGUCGCCUCCAGUGGACAACUAACACAUGGUUCUCUAUUUAGUCCACAGUAUUUACUCCCUCACUCACAGGUUCGUCCACACCUUACUAAAUUUGUGUUUCAUGCAACUUGAAUUACUAAUGCAACCGUUGCAGAUCAAUAGGGCCCAGUUAUAGGUUUGUUUCAGUCCUACUAGGCCCCCAACCUAACAUUACUUAAUCCUUGGGACUGGGGUCCAUUACGACUUGGGGUCCUAAGAUUGGGGAUAGAUAGAAGUGUGAACUAUUAGGGUUGGGGCUGCUAGUGAUUAAGGUCCAAUAGGUGUGAGGCCGCUUAGGACUACGGACCAGUACAGGGCUCCUCUACUAGUGUGUCCUUAUACUGACCGAGGCCCAGUCACCCUCCACACGAUCCGUGUAAAUAAAGUUGUUUAAAUUAAGAGUGUUGACAUGACAGGUCUGACUGUGUAGUGUGGGGUCUCCCCACAACACCUGUAUAGUGUGUGGUCUCCUUACAACAUCUGUGUAGUGUGGGGUCUCCCCACAACACCUGUAUAGUGUGGGGUCUCCCCACAACACCUGUGUAGUGUGGGGUCUCCCUACAACACUUGUGUAGUGUGGGGUCUCCCUACAACACCUGUGUAGUGUGGGGUCUCCCCACAACACCUGUGUAGUGUGGGGUCUCCCCACAACACCUGUGUAGUGUGGGGUCUCCCCACAACACCUGUGUAGUGUGGGGUCUCCCUACAACA